AUGGUUUAUAACCGCACAGAGCGUAAAACUCUCCACAGGAAAAACUGGUUAUGUAUUCCCGAGGUAAUGGGGAACUUCAUAUGCAUAUCCGGGAAGACCAUGGAGACCUUUUGCAAGAGUGGUUUUUGCAUUCACUUUCAUGGAUCAAUGUAUAAAGCCUGCAGGAUGUUCUGGACCGGGUUUCGUCCAUCCCAAAGAGUGAAAUGGGCUAGAGAAUUGAAGAAUGAAGGAGCUCGAGUAGUUUCGAGUCACACCUUCAUUGAUCCAGAAUCGACAGAUCUUGGCUUCCUCAAAGAAUGA